AUGUUAAAAAACCUUCUUCGUUUCUCACCUGUUCUUCGUCCAAUUCAAAAUGAGCAAAAACGUUCAUUUUUGACAAUCAUCAAUCAAGGUUUCGAAGGUUAUCGAACGACAUUCGGUCGAAAUCCAGUUCAUUUAAAACCCGGUCUUCGUUUGGCGAUCCCAAUUCUUCACGAUGUUCAAAAAGUUGAUGUACGCGAAGCGGGAAUGACAGUUGACAAAAUCGAUGCUUAUACAAAAGACAACGUUCCUGUUCAAUUGUCUGCCGUUUUGUUUUAUCAGGUGAAAAAUGCGUACAAAGCUUGCUUUGAAGUGUCAGAUUAUCGAUCUGGUAUUCGUUCAGUUGGCACCUCAUCACUUCGGUCGAUUGUUGGUCAAUUCGAAUACGAUCAAAUCAUUGGAGAUCGUAAUAAAAUCAAUAAAGAAUGGUUAAUUGUUGUUGGAGAUUCGAUCGAACAUUGGGGAAUUCAAACAACCAAAGCAGAAAUUCAAUCGUUCGGUCCUCUGGAUGCGUCAGUAGCGAAAACUUUAGAAAAACAAAUGGAUGCUGAACGAGAUCGACGUCAACAGGAAUUAAAUACACGAGCGAAAAUCAAUAUUAGUGAAGGAGAAAAACAAUCGACAAUUCUUCAAAGUGAAGGAAGUUUGAUCGCAGCAAAAAACUUAGCAGAUGCCAAUUUUCUUACUAUGCAAAAACAAGCCGAAGGACAAAGAUAUUCAAUUGAACAAGAAACACAAGCACUUUGUCAACAAUUAGAAAUAAUUAGUAAACAAUUGAAUAAUGAUCCUCAUUUAACUGUUCAAUAUUUAUUAGCAAGAAAAAGAUUUGAAGAAUUACAAGCAAUUGCAAAUGGACAAAAUAAUUCAACAUAUUUUAUUAAUAAUCAAACAGAAGGUGUACAUAUUUAUUGCGAAGUUAUUCUUCAUUUAAUUCCUAUAAAAAGAUUUCAUUUUGUCACGACACUAUUUCAGAUCUUCUCACAUUUAAAAGAUGAGUAA